AUGUGGUCUGGUACAUUCUACUCGAUCAUGGUCGGCACAAUAAUUCAACUAUUCGGACGAGACCUUCUACACUUAACAAAACUAACAAGAGACGAAUUGGCCGAUAGUUUCGAUAUUCAAAAAUUGGUUACACAACCGCAUCGGGUAAACAUGGAUCUGCUGACACUCGUCGCGUGGUGUCUCAUCAUCGGAAUCCUCUACAUCCUCUCGCUUCUCGCUCUCAAAUUCACAACGAUCCGAGUGGUGAUAGUGACGUUGACCUUCUUGCCCAUCGCUCUCAUGCUCGCUUUCUUCAUCUUCCGUAUUCCACAACUGCGAGACGAGUCACACAAAACGGAAUUCUUUACGAAAUGGAAAGUGGGCGGACACCGUGGAAGCUCUCACGAUGGGAUACCGGAGAACAGUUUGGAGGCGUUCAGUGCGGUGAAGGCGGAGGGUGGACAGUUGGCGGAGAUGGAUAUUCAGAUUACGGCCGAUGGGGUGCCAGUCAUUUGUCAUGAUAGUAAUACAGUACGUGUCACGGGAGUCGACAAGGACAUCUCCACAAUGAAUAUUUCCGAAUUCCGGGAUCUCCGUUUCAUCGGCACCAACGUCUCGCUUCCGACAUUCGAAGAAGCCGUCGCUCACUGUGUUGCCAAUGGUUUAAUGAUGAUUUGGGAUGUGAAGAAUGUCGAUGAGAAUCUGCUGAAACAAUUCGUCAUCCAGAUGAAAACUCACAACUUGUACUCGAAAGUUCUUGUGUCGGGAUUCAAUCCGAUCGACACAUACAAGGUGAAACUCGCCGAUUCGAAGAUAUUGACUGGAUUUACGUGGAGAAGUUGGGAGUUGAGUACCACUGACGAGUCGGCGACUGUUCCACGCUUCUCUGGAGCUCUGAAUGCGAUUGCUCAGGUUCUUGACGUCAUCUGCUUCGGGUUGGCUCGCAGUUUGCUCAUGCCGAAGUUUCUGGGAUCCGAUGUGAUUUUUUAUCAUGUUAAUGAUGUUAGCAGUUACCUCAAAGCGGACGCCGCCGCCAACAACAUCUACCUGGCUGCCUGGACGAGCAACAACGCGAAGGAGCAAGGAUGGCUCCGUGACUUCCUGAAUGUCCCAUUCAUCACUGAUAAUGUUGGAUUGGUGCCACGUUGA